AUUGUUUUUUAUCACUGUGCAAAUGAUAUAUGAUUUGCUUGGAUCAAAACGUUUCAGGCAACAUGAACGACAUCAGAAACGAUGAACAGAUCUUAACCGCAUCCACAGAGGAACCCAGAGAGGAGGAAAAAUACAUGCAUUCACGGUGGAAUCCGACACCUGAGCAGACGAUGGUGCUUGAAGAAGUUUACAGCAGCGGAAUACGGACGCCGACGAUCCAACAGAUCCACGAGAUUGCAUCUAAGCUCCAAAAUUAUGGGAGAAUUGAGGGAAAGAACGUUUUCUACUGGUUCCAAAACCAUAAGUCAAGGGAGAGGCUGAAACGACGCCGUGGUGAUCAACAAGUAGUUACUAUUAUUAAUAACGUUCAUGAAGAACCACUACACAAGGACAACGCUAUGGUAAACAAGGAUUCAUCAUCAGUCUCGAGAAGGAGAGGCGAUCAUCGAGUUAUUCACACAAGGACCUGUUUAUCUUCUUCACCCACACAUCUACGGAACAAUAUCAUUGGUGAUGGGAAGAGGGAAGAAUAUGAGACGGGGUUAAUGAAAGAUAAAGAAGCCACUUGUCAAAAUCAGAUAAAUCCAAUCAACACUUCAGAAAUUAACUACCAUCUGAUAGUUGCUUCUAAACCAAGUCAAGAAGCAGAUCAUGAGCAGUACACUCUGAAUGAUGAUGAUGAUGAAGAAGAAGAAACAAGGAAAAGUCGAACUUUAGAUCUCUUUCCGGUUAUAGAGAACCAAGAGCCAACCGGUUUUGCAGAGAAGAACACAAAACCAAACAAGUUGUAUUGCAACUACUGUUAUUAUUACGAGUUCAUGCCUCAGAUGAACUGAAGCCAAAACCCAUGUGGGUCGGUUGGUUUAUUUAAUGAAUGUUUUGUAGCUUUGUGUGAAAAAGGGUUGAGUAAUGUGUUUGAAGAAAAGUGUGAAAGAGAGAAAAGAGGUUGUAGAUGGAGACGUGUAGUAAAUGUUGGGUGUAUUAUAACCUGAAUGUGAAGCUUGGAGCAUGUUAAGGUUUGGAGCUGAGACUGUCUUAAAGCUUCGAUGUUUCGUUGUCUGUGUAAGGAAUUUAUAUAAGUUUUAAAUGCGUG